AUGCGAGAAUCAACGGCAUUGGAUGCGCCACAAAUAUUUUCGAUUGACCCACUGAGUAAGGUUGGCUUUCUAUUUUGUCUUCCAUUAUCUGGUUCCCAUGGUGACUUGUCCAAUAAUCCACUGGUUUCUGAUUUCUUUCUUCGUCUCCUACAAUUCGUUUAUGAUCUGCUUGUGACUUUACUUAAAUUACAAAAUUUCCUUAAACCAAAGCUCUUCUAG